CCUCGUCCACAGGAUGUGUAGUUGAGUACCGAUGUACAGGGGCGCAGGUCUCUGAUGGUCGCUGUAGACGUGGAUUGUUAGCUUCUAGUUCAGUGAACUGUUUAAUUACAUUUAUGACGAUCCUCAGACGUUUCUGAAAAGCAAAUAUGCUGGAUUUUGCUAUAUUUGCAGUGACAUUUGUCAUUAUCCUGAUCGGUGCCGUCCUGUAUUUGUAUCCGUCAUCUAGAAGUGCCUCUGGUGUGCCAGGACUAAACCCCACAGAAGAGAAAGAUGGGAAUCUGCCAGAUAUAGUGAACAAAGGAAGCCUGCAUGAGUUCCUGGUGGGUCUUCAUGAGGAGUUUGGGUCUGUGGCAUCUUUCUGGUUCGGUCGGAGACCAGUGGUCAGCCUGGGUGCUGUGGACCGACUACGACAACACAUCAACCCCAACUGGACGACGGAUUCCUUUGAGACAAUGCUCAAGUCAUUGCUAGGUUACCAGUCAGGUUCAGGAGCGGGAGUGACGGAGUCGAUGAUAAGAAAAAAAGUGUAUGAGGGAGCUAUCAAUAAAACCCUGGAGAACAACUUCCCUCUAUUGCUUCAGCUGGUGGAGGAGCUGGUUGAUAAGUGGGCAUCUUAUCCUAAAUCACAGCACACGCCUCUUUGUGCUCAUCUGCUUGGAUUGGCUAUGAAGGCUGUCACUCAGCUUGCCAUGGGGAGCCGUUUUCGGGAUGAUGCUGAGGUCAUCCGGUUCCGUAAGAACCAUGAAGCGGUCUGGUCAGAGAUUGGUAAAGGUUAUCUGGAUGGAUCCCUAGAGAAGAGUUCCAGCAGAAAGACCCAUUAUGAGAGCGCUCUGGCUGAGAUGGAGUCGGUGCUGAAGUCUGUGGCAAAGCAGAGCAGUGGACAAGGAUCCAGUCAGUCAUCUUUCGUUAACUAUUUACUACAAGCCAAUCUGACAGAGCGACAGGUGAUGGAAGAUGGUAUGGUUUUUACUCUAGCUGGCUGUGUGAUCACUGCUAACUUGUGCAUCUGGGCAGUUCACUUCCUAUCAGUCUCAGAAGCAGUGCAGGAACGGCUCUAUCAUGAGCUUGUUGAAGUGCUUGGAGAGGAGCCUGUUACCUUGGAGAAGAUUCCACAACUUAGAUACUGCCAGCAGGUGCUGAAUGAAACAGUCCGCACAGCCAAACUGACUCCCAUGGCUACCAGAUUACAGGAGGUGGAGGGGAAGGUGGACCAACAUGUCAUUCCCAAAGAAACAUUGGUUAUCUAUGCCCUGGGCGUCGUCCUUCAAGAUGCAGAUACUUGGUCACUUCCAUACAGAUUUAAUCCUGACAGAUUUGCUGAUGAGUCAGUAAUGAAGAGCUUCUCGCUGCUUGGGUUUUCAGGGAGCCAGGCCUGCCCUGAACUAAGGUACAAUGAGAGAAAUUCAGAUAUUAUCUUUAAUAAAUAA